CCACUUGCUUCUGCCAGAUUCGAAGACAAGACGCAGCCAAGCAUAUUGCUUCAUUGACAAAAGCACUCAAGUGUGAAGUUACGCUUGCGUAGUCGUCGAAGUUUCGAUGAAUCGCGAAAUAUCGAUUGUUGAGCGUAAUCUUUCCAGGCGUGCCUAGCGUUUGUAAGGAAAUGGGUAUUUGGUCUGUAUGAUAUUCUCGUUAUUAUUCUCAUCUCAAGUAUUUCCUUUUACAAAUAUUCGCUGAAAGGAAGUUUCUUUUAGAGUCACCAGAGAAAGCGGUUUGUGGCGGAGUACAAAAGUUGCCUAAAUUGUCAACAGAAAACAGAAAGCCAGGACGAGAUAAAUCUCUUUUUGCAAACAAAAGAAGAUAAUGGCGAAUUCUCGAGAAGAGCUGAGUUUAUCAUUUAACAGCAAAAGACGCAAGGAUCUGGAUGUAAACUGUGGUAUAUGCAAAAAGACUUACAACAUCCCGCGGGUUCUCGACUGUCUGCACUCUUUCUGCGAGAGCUGUAUUGAGAACAACCUGGAAAUUGAAGAGACAGAGGAAAAUACAGAGUAUUAUGUGAACUGCAAUACAUGCAAUAAACAAAGUAUUUUACCAGAAGAAGGUGUCGCAGCUUUGCCGAUGAAUGUUUUCGCCAAAAAUGCUUUAGAUCUACUAAUAAUCGACGAAAGCAAAGAAAACGCCGUCAAAUGUACAAACUGCAACGACGACGAAGAUGCGAUCUCUCGUUGCGUCGAAUGUACCGAAUUCUUGUGCACUGUUUGCGUUACGGCGCACCGAAGGUUUCGACUGACGAAAGAUCACCGAAUCAUUCUCCUAGAUGCGCUGAAGUACGACAGAAGUACGGUGCACCGACCCGUGCAUUGCGCUUUGCAUGAACCAGAAGUAUAUCUGUUCUUCUGUGAUGUGUGCCAGAAACUGAUUUGCAAGGAAUGUACCAUUUUGGCACACAGAGGGCACAAAUUUGAAAGUCUAAGAGACGCCCUGGAGGCGAAAAAACCAGCCCUGAUAGAAGAGCUCGAGAAAUGUGAGAAAAAAAUUAUACCACCAUUGGAAAAGGCCAUUGAUGAAGUUCAAGAUAUGUCAGCACGUCUGCAUGCACGAACAGUGGCUGUAAAACAGGCAUUGCGCUCAUGUGCCAACGAGCUACUGCAGCGAAUAGAGCAGAGAUGCGAAGCAAUGCUAGAUGAAGUGGAGACGUUGCACCGUGAGAAAGAUGGCAUUUUGCAGAGGCAGAAAGCUGGUCUAGAGUUGCAGCUUACAAAAAGCACAACAGCACGUGACUUUGUUGACUAUGCAUUCAAGCAUGGCAAUGAAGCUGAAAUUUUCCAACUUUAUGACGUCAUGCAUGUUGCGUUGGAAGAUGUGAAUAGCUACAUUUUACAGUACAAGGAGCCUGAGGAGAAUGACGUCAUAGAUCAUAUUGUUGAUAGCAAUGAUGUUAGAGAAAUCGCUAAAAACCUGGGGAAAAUAUCAACAAGCAAGAUUUUUUUGGCUCACUGUCGCGUUGAAGGCCCGGGUUUGUCUACUGCAAAGGUUGGCAUAGAAACACAUUUCACGAUAUACACGCGUGAUGUUGAUGAUGAGCCGUGUAUCGAACACGACCACGAUGAUUCGAUUCGCACAAUUAUCCAAGCACCAGAAGGCUUCUACGUGAACAACAAAUUCACAAACAACGGUGAUGGCUCAUACACAGUCAAGUAUACUCCAGUUACGAAGGGUAAACAUCAGAUUACCAUCAAGAUUAGGGGCAAACAAAUUCCAAACAAUAAGCACAUGGUGAAAGUUUUUGAAGGCAUUGACUAUACUGAGAUUGAAACCUCUUUUCUGAUGUUCGGGCGCCGUGGGAACAAGCCAGGAGAAUUCAAAGAGCCUUAUGGUGUUGCAGUAAAUUUUGCAGGGUAUAUCUACGUGACUGACUUUCUGAACAACCGCGUGCAAGGAUUCUCUAACAUGGGCCAACAUUUCUUGUCGUUUGGUGGAAAAGGAAGCAAGGAAGGCCAGUUCAUUGGUCCCACGGGUAUCGCAGUUGAUUCAACUGGGAUUGUCUUUGUCGCUGAUUGGGACAAUCACCGGAUACAGUUAUUCAGUCCCAAUGGGAAAUUCAUUGGCAAAUUUGGCUCCCUUGGUAAUCAGGCAGGCAAACUCUGUCAUCCAGCCGGCAUCGCAGUGGACCAGAAUGGGCUGAUUUUAGUUGCGGAGCGUGAUAAUAAUCGUGUUCAAGUAUUCACUCUGGAUGGGAAGUCAGUUCUUAUUUUUGGAUCGUGUGGGGCAGAAAUAGGGCUUUUAUCGGCUCCGACACACGUCGCUGUCACCCAAGACAAUAACUAUGUUGUAUCCGACUCCGGAAACAAUAGGGUGGUUCUUUUCGACAGAUCCGGAACCUACCUCCGACAUAUCGGAUGCAAAGGCUCCGACGCAGGAGAAUUUAACAAAGUAUCUGGCAUUGUUAUAGAUAACGAGGGAUACAUAAUCGUAUCAGACUUUUACAAUCAUAGAAUCCAAGUAUUCAAGCCCGAUUUGAGUGAAGCAACUGUGUUUGGCGAGGAGGGAAGCGGCGAAAUGCAGUUCAAAUUCCCAACAGGUGUCACACUUACCAAUGAGGGUAGAGUCAUUGUGGCGGACAGACACAACAAUCGAAUUCAAGUCUUUUGAUUAUUCGGAAUAUCAAGGAGACUUGUUACAGCUGUGAAGUCAGUGGCAACAGGAAAGAAGGAUGACAAAUGCAGAACAACGAAAUAAAAAGAUAUCCUUUAAGGUUUCGAAUAAAAAGUCUCAAUUGAAGGUGUGGCUCCUCCACAGACACAAAAAGGACAGGUUUGAUUGGCAAGCAAACAGAUAGUGUCUAGUUGCUGACAACUUAUAAAGAGCAUCUAAAAACCUGGAACGCAAUUUUCUCCCUGACAUUGGUCCUUACUAAAGUUUCCCACACCAUUUAUGUUAUUUAACAUUGAUCUGCUCUUUUGAACUGUCUUCAAACUCAGAGGAGAAGGUGAAGAAAACAUUAAAGGGGGUAUUCAACGUUACCAUAAAAGUGCUCUUCGAAAUGGUGCGAUCAGGGCAAUAAAUUUACAAACCUUUGUUAAUAUAAACUAUAUUCUUCAUAGGCUGAAUGCAGUAGAGACGCCAAGUGGGGACUGGGGUGUGGGGCACGUCCCCCACUUCUCUGAGGGAACGAUUUUGUAUUUUGUCUAAAUUUGAUGAGAAAAUGUUGGGGGAGAGGUGGUAUUUCGGAAAAGUAUUUUAUGACAUAACUCUUUGAUUUCUAAACUGCCUUUAUGUAACAAAAUGUAAGUCAUAGGUGUUGGCAAUUGGUAAAAUUAGCGUUCCCUGCUGGUUAAAGGGAGUUUCCUGACAGAACAAAAGAGUGUGGCCUAGAUUUUUUAAUUUUGUCCCCCAAAGCCUAGUGGCUGGCGCAGUCACUGGCUUAAUGUUCAUUAAACAAGGCUGAUUUUAUUGAAAAGGGUGCAGAUACUGAGAAACUCAACAGGUGCCAUAGAGACUCUAGCUAGGCACGCCGAAAUGCAAGGAUGAAAGGCUGGUGCAAUGGGUUGCAAAUAAGCUGGCAUUUCUGUGUCUGGGGGUGCUUAAUAUUGCUGCCUGCCCCUGACCUGCCUGCUCUAGUGCGCAAAGGCUACCCCCGGAUUCAGUAUGGUUUUCAGCCAGUAUGGUCCAUUGGUGACCAAGUGACUAAUGAGGAUGAAAAUGAAAAAGUAUCCGUUUCUGAAAUCAAAUUUUUGCAUAUUAAUCGUUUAUAGACGAUGAACAACCAGUACCCAGCUGAUAGAAUAUUAGUCCAUAUGUUGUGUUUAACACUGGUCGAAAUGAAGAAAGAUUAGUAAAAGCAAAUAACAAUUACAUUAUGGACAUAGCAAACGAAAACUGCAUGAUUGGUUUGAAUACACUUAUCUUGAAGGAACUGGGUUUAUUAAAAGAACAAUCGUUGACUGUAGCUAACUUUUAAUUCACAUUUGUUAUAAUUGCCUUUCUUAAAAAUUUGUCUUGAUGUAUGAUGUGUUUUGUGAAAUAAGAUAUUAAUGCCAAAAUUAGAUUAUCAAAAAACAUACCUGCCAUUGCCUCUUUUUUAUCCAAUUUCUUCUUUUAACGCUUCAUGUGCUAUAUCACCUUAAGAAAAUUAGAGAAUAACUCAGCUGUCUGCUAUGUCACCUCAAAAGGAAUCUGAGAUAUGGAACGUGCAAUAUAUGGAAAUAACGUCUGUGCAUGCAAACGUUCUGUUAGAUUCUCAAAGAAAAGUCACCUCAAAAACAAUAUGGAAGUAACACAAAUAUAAAUACAAAUAUAAAAUAUUGCUCAAGAAGAUAAUUUAGAAUGAAUAAACAAAAUGUCAUAUCUUUAGUCAUAUUUUUACAUCUAUAACAGAUACAAUUCUUAAGAGAGGCACAUGUCUAAGAAGAUAAUUGAGAAUUAGGGCUGAACAUCCAAAUAGACUUUCUAGUUUUUUAAAUAGCUACACUCUAAAUCUCUUCAUUUUCUAAAUUUUGUUGAGGGAAAGGCUCCGAAAAGGAUGAUUUUUUCAUCAGCUUUUGAACUCGCCACCUGUGAUUUUUUGGUCCCAUCCAACGAUGAGGAAGCUAGCUGGCAUGCAGUGCGUUUUAGCGACAAUUUUCGAUCAAUUUUGCUAAAAGAAGCAUUUUUUGGUGAUAUGAUUCAUGCAAGAGUUGGGUGUUACUUUUACAAAAUUGCAAAUAGUUAUCAUCUUCUUCUCUCCCAAGGUUGGCAUUCAAUAACUUGAACCUUCAAAGUCGUUAUCAAUAAUAAUAAACCAAUUAAUCGAUAUAUUAUUUACAUAUCAAACGAUUUCAUACGAACCUAAGGGGGUAACAAACAGAACCGCUCAACAUUUUGGAGUUUCUGUAAGCAUUUUUCAGGUGACUAUGGGGUAAGAGAAAAAUUUCUAGUGAAACUUUUAACAUUAUAAACAUUUCACCGUACUAAAAGAACGUAACCGAUUCUAAUGACGUUAUAUUCGACUUAACAUUGUUGCUACUUAAAGUAGAAUGCUUGAUGACGUAAAAAGACUGAGAUAAAAAAGGCAGAAAAUCAAAAAGAGG